UCCCAAAUAUAACAAAUAAUCACAUGAUAGAUAAAUAACAUGGCCUCUCUCUCAGAGUGCCGGAGCUGAAUCGUUGACAGUAACUUUCUAAAAUUAACCAAUUAUCUUUUGGACAAAACAAUUAUUUCACGAUGCAAAAGAUAAAGUCACUUAUGGCCCGGCAGGGCCUGAAAAGCCCACAGGAGAGCAUUGCAGACCUCAGCCCAGUGGAGGACUUCAGGAUCCCAAGCAAGGAGGAGAUGAGGGAGAUGAGGGAGCAGCCCAUCGACCCCCAGGCGGAGCAGGAGAUCAUUAACAGCAUCCAGGAGGUCUACUACUCCAACGACUCCUUUGACAUGGUGCAGCACGAGCUGGAGAAACUCCCACCUGAGCUGAACUUGCAGGAGCUGGAGGAGUACAGAGACAAGCUGAAGAGACAACAAGCAGCGGUUUCCAAAAAAGUUGCCGAUCUUAUCCUGGAAAAACAGCCGUCCUACGUUAAGGAGUUGGAGAGGGUGACGUCAUUACAAACCAAUCUACAGCUGGCUGCAGUGAUUUGCACCAAUGCUAGGAGGCAGCUGAGUAUUUCAAAGGAGGACUUCACCGAGGCCAGCCUGGGGCUCCUAGCCAAUCAGAGGAGGAGACACCUGCUCACAGGGCUGCUGAAGUCACUGAGGACCAUCAAGACCCUGCAAAGGACUGAUGUUCGACUCAGUGAGAUGCUGGAGGAGGAGGACUAUCCUGGUGCCAUCCAGUUGUGUCUGGAAUGUCAGAAGGCUGCCAGCACAUUCAAACACUACAGCUGCAUAAGUGAGUUGAAUUCCAAGCUACAAGACACUCUGGAGCAAAUAGAGGAGCAGCUGGAUGUGGCCUUGUCUAAAACCUGCAAGCACUUUGAUGUCUCCCACUACACCAGAGUUCAGCUGGCGUACACCCUCCUGGAAAAGACCCAGACGGCCAUGGACCAGCUCCACAUGCACUUCACCCAGGCCAUCCACAACACUGUGUUCCAGGUGGUUCUGGGAUACGUGGAGCUCUGUGCCGGCAACGCCGACACCAAGUUUCAGAAGAUGCAGUACAAGGACCUCUGCACGCACAUCACUCAAGACAGCUACGUCCCCUGCCUGAGCGACCUGUGCAAGGCAUUGUGGGAGGUGAUGCUCAGCUACCACCGGACCAUGCAGUGGCAUGAGGAGCAAGACAAGGAGGAGCCCCCACCCACCACAGAUGAAGCGGGUGCUGCAGACACCGAGGAGGCGGUUGUUGACCACAGCUAUGUAAAGAAGAAACUGGAGCAUGGACUCACUCGAAUCUGGCAGGAAGUCCAGCUAAAAGUGAAAGCCUAUCUGCUUGGUACAGACAUGUCUAACUUCAAAUAUGACGACUUCAUCGUGGUCUUGGAUGUUAUCAGCAGGCUGAUGCAAGUGGGGGAGGAGUUCUGUGGCAGUAAGUCAGAGUUGCUGCAGGAAUCCAUCAAACGUCAGAGCGUAAACUACUUCAAGAACUACCACAGGACACGCCUGGAGGAGUUGCGGAUGUUUCUGGAAAAUGAGACGUGGGAACUGUGUCCUGUCAAGUCCAACUUCAACAUCGCUCAGCUCCAUGAGUUUAAGUUCAUGGGUCAGAGCCGGUCCCCUUCAGUGUCUCCCAGUAGACAGGUGUUGUCCAGUCAGGACCAGGUGUUGUCCAGCAAGGACCAGGAAGUCCUGUCUCUGUUUCAGCACUUCAGUCAGGAGGGGAACCCCUUUGAGAGGCACAUCGACAACAAAGAUGAGGAGACUGAGGACGUACUGGCCUCCAAUGGGUAUGAGUCCGAUGAGCUGGAGAAGUGUGUGUACCAGGACUAUGACAGCGACAGUGACGUCCCUGAUGAACUCAAGCAGGACUACGUGGACGAGCAGACCGGAGACGUCCCUCUCAAGAGUGCGUCAAGGGAGACCCUGCGCAGCAGGAAGAAGUCUGACUACAGCCUAAACAAAGGCUCCAACGCUCCCAUCCUGACCAACACAACCCUCAACGUGAUCCGACUGGUCGGGAAGUACAUACAGAUGAUGAACAUUCUGAAACCAAUAGCCUUUGACGUCAUCCACUGUGUUUCCCAGCUGUUUGAUUACUACCUGUAUGCUGUCUACACCUUCUUCGGCCGCAAUGAUAUGUAUGAAUCAUCAGGUCCGGGUCUGAUCAGCAGCCGACUGAGAACAACACUGAACAGAAUCCAGGAGAGCCUCAUCCAAAUGGAUUCUCUUGGGGAAGGCAGCUCCACCGUCCACGGUGGUCCGGGGGAGGACAGAAAGGAGAAGGUGCCCAGCCCCCACCUCAGCCAGCUUGUGGUCCUGACAGCCAGCGAGACCCUCUACGGCCUGGCCCAGAGGGUGGUCGCCACAGAGUCACUGGUGUUUCUGGCCGAGCAGUUUGAGUUCCUUCAGUCUCACCUAGACACCAUGAUGCCUGCAGCCAAGAAGCCGUUCCUCCAGCAGUUCUACUCACAGACUGUCUCCACGGCCAGUGAGCUACGUAAACCCAUAUACUGGGUGGUGGCGGCCAAGGCUUUAGACUACGAACAGAUGCUGCUGCUGAUGGCUGGAGUUAAGUGGGAUAUUAGGGAGAUAAUGUCGCAGCACAACGUGUACGUUGACGUCCUGUUAAAGGAGUUUGAAGAGUUUAACAAGAGGCUGGGUGAUGUGUCCAGACACGUCCGGGUCCCUCUGCCUGUGUCUAAUGUCCUGUGGGAACACUGCAUCCGUCUGGCCAACAGGACGCUGGUGGAAGGCUAUGGUAACGUGAAGAAGUGCAGUAACGAAGGGCGGGCCCUGAUGCAGCUGGACUUCCAGCAGUUCCUGAUGAAGCUUGAGAAGCUGACGGACAUGAGGCCCAUCCCUGACAAGGACUUUGUGGAGACCUACAUCAAAGCCUACUACCUGACUGAGAAUGACAUGGAGCAGUUCAUCAAGAACCACAGGGAGUACUCCAUGAAGCAGCUGGCCAACCUGGUGAACGUGUGUCUGGGCUCUCACAUCAACAAGAAGGCCCGGCAGAAACUCCUGGCGGCUAUCGACGACAUCGACAGACCAAAGAGAUAGACAGACAGACGUGGUUAUUGUAUUUAAGGUGGCUCCUAAACCUGUGGCGGUUUUAGAAUGCCCUAGGGUUGUGCAAUCCCAGUAACUUUCCCAAAAUACCGAGGGUUUUCAGAAAUCAUCUUUGGACGAUUGCCGACAUAUCUUUAUUAGUCCUGAUUUUAGGAAUCUUCCUAAUGGAUUUCUGGAAAACCUGGGAAUUUUUAAAACGUUACUACAAUUUUGCAACCCUAGAAUGGUCAAAAACCCACCCGGAACAGAAAAGAAGCAAUGAAACAAGAACUUCUGCUAACAAACACACUCAUACAGGAAUGUUACAGUUAUUUGACACUUAGUCAGAACAUAUAUGCUACUCCUGUGUAUGUCCCUCAUUUUGAUGUCCUAUAUGCUUACAGUUCCACUGCGUUUUCUAGGUUUCCACGGAGAUGCUCCGUUUUCCUGUUCAUCGUGAAUACAGUAUACAUGUAUAUGAGGAAGGAAUCUUGUUUUUACGAUAAAUGACUUGAAAUGCUGAAUGAUACUCCAUGACGUCUGAAUCGACUGGCAGACAGGUAUCUUUUUCUUCUACUGUAUGUCUUUAGCAUAAUGUAGUUCUUUCUACCUGUCUGUAAUCCGCUCAGGAGCAACGCCGGCCCUGGAGAAAAACUGAAUCAUUUAAUAUUUUAUUUUUGACUUGUAUGACUAUUAAGCGACUGAAACAGCGCUGAGUUGAGAAAACGUUCCAUUGAAAUCCAGGAAAAGUUCAUUUUUCCUGGUAUCACAUGUAUGCAGAAACACGGUUUGUGAAAAAGCAUGGGAUGUUUGAUGAAAUAGUUUCCUUUAGGGGUACGCCUAUGGAGACAUCCAGUCUCUAGUGCCCUUAAAGUAUCCAUUAAUGAGGAUGACGGCACUAUGUUUGUUCUGUUGUUCCAGUAGUGUAGGGUGAACGCGCCACAGACGCUGAUCUAGGGUCAGUUUUGCAUUUCCACCACUAAUGGUAAAGGUUAGGAUUGGGGGGAGGGGAAGCUGAUCCUAGAGCUGUACCUAAGGGAACCUCGGAGCUUGUUCGUCCAGGACUAUAACUACCUGUGCUUUGUUACGUCCAUAAAUGAUUUAUCCUGAUCUAAUGUUGAUUCUGAACAUAUUGAAUAAAAAGUUAUAGAUGAUGCACUAGGUCUAAUGUGGGUUUAGAUGAUAUCUUGCAUGUCCUUCACUCGUUUCUUUCCAAGUCAUAUAUGUAAAAGGGUUUUUAUUGUCCAAACAAACAGCGUCCAUCAAUGUCACUGUAUCUGUAAAAAUAUACGUUUUUGAUAUCGCAACGGAUUCCAUUAUGUUUUCAUGCAUAACUAUCCCAAAAUAAUGCUGUAAAUGUUAAUGUGUAAAAUGUUGUUUUUAUUUAUUGUCAAUUUGGAUUCAGGAUGAUUUCUAUAUGAUAAGUACUGGAAGUGUUCUAUCAUCUGUUUGCUGGCGGUACCCUGUAUCUUGUUGUCAAAUGUAAAAGAAUAUUUAAAAAGACACAAUUAGACUACAUAUUAUAAAACUCCAGUGCACUAUUGUGAAAAUAAAUUGUUAAAUGUUGGCGCUGUAGACUAAAGUAAGAUGAUUAUACAGUAACACAAUAAACACACUAACAUUUAAACCCA